GUAACUAGCAGUUUUGGAAUGCCCUUGGGCUUUAAUGAUAAAAUACAUAUAAAUUAUUGUUUGUUUGUUACAUCUCAUAAGAUCGGCUUUAAUUCGUUUGUAGCUGGACGAUUCUUGAUUAAAAUAAUUAUGAUGGGCAGGUAAUUCUGUUUUGGGGCUCUUCUCUUCUAGUAUCGACUGAUGACUUCAUUUUUGCUUUAUCUUCUAACUCCAUCUGUAUUUUUAGGUAUUUAUCGGUAUCCAAUCACUAAUUAUUAUAUUUCAAUAAUUGCAUACUACAUAAUAACCGACAAUUUAUAUAAACCCCUUAAAAAAUCACACUUUUGCUACAUUAAUUUUUGUGGCUAA